GAAACAUUCAUUCCCACGUAUCAUGUCAAUCAGGAUUAAAGCCCUGAAGGUUCAGCAGGUCCGCGCGCUGCAGGACGACGCGCGGCCACUGGCGCAGAUAUAAGGCGCAGGACGCGACUCGGAACCGGCAGAAGCGCAGCGUCGUGUGGACUCCACCGGCAGCAGCUGACGGGCGGAACGAGCGACCCCCCCCCCCUCUCUCUCCCUCACUCUCUCCCUCUCUCACUCCCUCACUCACUCACUCACUCCCUGAUCUGAUCUGAUCUGAUCUGAUCGUGAUGCGGGUCGACGAACAUGUCCGAGCCGCCUGAAGUCUCUCCGCUCCGCGCGCUCUCGUCCCCGGCGGUGGAUCCGUGCUCGUGAGGACGAACCGCGAGCAGCUGUGAAGAGAAGUAGAGAAGAAGAGAAGAAGAGAAGGAGAGAAGGAGAGAAGGAGAGAAGAAGAGAAGGAGAGAAGGAGUCGGAUUCAUCUCCAUCUCUCAUCCCUGCGUCCCACACACCGUCGAGGCGCCUCGUCGGCGACAUGGAGCCGAGGAGCGCGUGUCGCAUGUUGCUCUUCCCGGUUCAGAUGUUGUUCUACAUCGUCAGAGCAACGUUGUCGUCGCUGUGGCCGAGCAGGCGGAAGGACCUGACCCGGGAGGUGGUGCUGGUCACCGGCGGGGGACGAGGCAUCGGACGGCACCUGGCCACAGAGUUCGCCAGGCAGGGAGCCAGAAAGGUGAUCCUGUGGGGCCGGACGGAAAAGUGCCUCAAAGAAACAUCGGAAGAGAUUUCUCUCUCAGGAACCGAGUGCCACUACUUCCUGUGUGAUGUGGCCAAUCGGGAGGAGGUUUACAAGCAAGCCAAGGUGGUGAGAGAAAAGGUGGGCGACGUCACGAUAUUGGUGAACAACGCAGCUGUAGUUCACGGCAAGAGUCUGAUGGACAGCGACGACGACGCCCUUCUGAAAUCCCAACACAUCAACACCUUGGGACAGUUCUGGACCACGAAGGCCUUCCUGCCUCGGAUGCUGGAGCUGCAGCACGGACACGUCGUGUGCAUCAACUCCAUUCUGUCCCAGUCGCCCAUUCCCGGGGCCAUAGACUACUGCACCUCCAAGGCCUCGUCGCUGGCCUUCAUGGAGAGCCUGACGCUGGGCCUGCUGGACUGUCCGGGCGUCGGCUGCACCACGGUGCUUCCCUUCCACACCAACACAGAGAUGUUCCAGGGCAUGAGAGUCAGGUUUCCCCAGCUCUUCCCUCCUCUCAAGCCGGAGCUGGUUGCCCAGAGGACUGUGGAUGCAGUCAGAGCCGACAAGGCCUUCGUCUACCUGCCCUGGACCAUGCACGCCCUGGUCCUUCUCAAAAGCUUCAUGCCACAAGUUGCGCUUGAAGAAAUCCACAAGUUUUCUGGGAGUUAUACCUGCAUGAACACAUUCAAAGGGAGGACAUGAACCCGGAUUUUCUCCGAAUGUGAGCGACCUCAACAUCUCUGGGGAAUAACGAAGGGAAUAUGGACCUUAAGACAUACGGAAGUGGAGGAGGCCCCACGGUGUGAAGGACAAUGCUUCGGGUCGUUCAAAGAGAAUAAAGGACAAAGUGCCGGAGACGCCGGGUCCCGUUGUGCUGUACGUGUGAGUGCGUGUCUGUAUAGUGAAGAGUCGAAUGCCGUUCUCACACUGAACAGAAGCCAUGCGUAGUUCUGUUCCAGUAGUUAUUCUGGGAGUCUUUUGUGACACUUUGUCUGUUUUUACACAUCUUUUUAUCUGUCUUUUUAAUGUCUUUGAAUCAAAACAAAGUAAUAAAACUCAGUUUUAGAGA